GAGGAAAAAAAGGUGGCACCGUGUAAUUCAUGGACUGGAGUUAUGGAGUGGAGUUUGGAGUCAACUUUUGGAGUCUGAGAUUUUUAAAAAAUAUGAAUGGAAAAAGACGUUCAAGAAUUUGCAUUAGUUUGAAAGUCUUCAAUAUUUUUGUAUGAUUGUUGGCUGCUUCACAUCUGAUUAGUAAUUCACAGGAACAAUGACCCAGUUAAAAUUUAUGUUUCUGACACUUAUGUAAGUGGUCAGAACUUGGGAAAAUUAAAUCAGAAGUGAAUAGAUAGACAUGAUACUGACGAAAUAACUACGGUUCUUUCAAAAUAUAUGUGACCUGUGUUGGGUUAACUUAGUUUUCCGCAGAACAACAUGAGUCACCAAUAUAUUGAAUGCAUAGCAAAGUAUAUUAUUUAAGUAAAUGUAUAUGUGAAUUGAUAAUCUUUUUAAAGUGCCAUGUUAAGAAACCAAGUUGAUAGUUGCAUAUUUAAAGUAAACGAGAGAAAAAUCAUUGAAUAAUCUUCCUCAAUAUGGAUUAUAUGGAAAUGCAUAUAAACCAUGGAAGUAGCUAUUUGAACGAAUUUGCAAAAAUCAAACAACCUUGUAACAUUUUAUUAACCUACAUUGUACAGCUGUGUGGUCAAAAAACCUAUAAAAGUUUUAGCAGAGAUAACAAAGAUGUGACAGAAAGAUAAAAUUUAGUUUAGGGGUUUUAUCACCUUCCAAUUAUGUGUUGAAAGCAAUGGUGGUCAUUAUUUAUGUAACAGUUAAAUUUGAUUAAAACAUAGAAUAAACUGUCACUGUUUUAGGUAACAUACUAAUUGAAAAUGAAAGCUCUGUUAGAUUACAUUAGCUCAUAGAAUUGUUUUCCAAUUAAGUGAAAGGUCAGAAUACUUCACACCCAGUUUCAGAGAUGCUGAUUAAACUGUGAACAAUGACCGUUUAAUUUUGGUCUAUGUGACCUAAUGUCGGGAUAACUUGGUUCUCUAAAAUCCAAAUCAUCUGGGGCCACAGAGGGUUAAAUGAUAUUAGCACAUGCAAUAAAAAUGUGCCAUUUUUUAAGAAUUAAAACCUAAACGAACCUCAAAAAGAGAGUAUAUAUAUGAAAAAUUAAUUGAUAAAGAGUACUUGUUAACAUUCAAGAUUACUGUGUGCUUGCUAGCUAAAUCCUUGAGGUGUUUCUCUUUCUUCAAAAAUGUCCAAGAAGAUAAUUCUGAAGAAAACAUAUGCUGAGGCUGUUAAAGGUAAGAACAUAUGAUAUGAUAUCUAACCAAUUGGUAUAAAUUGUCCAUUUUAUUUCAACUAGAUCCUUUUUAACUGGACAUCAAAAUCUUAUUGUCGAACUUGUUAUAAGUAACACAAACUUUGUUUAACGUUUUGGAUAAUUUUAAAAUUCAAAGUUGUCUAAAUAUUUGCUGAAUAAAGCUUAAUUAAUUGCAAUUGAAUAGGUGAUGAAAAGUCAGACAGUGAAGAAGGUGUUCCAGGUGAAAGUGUUAUUAAGCCACAAAUGACUGGAUUUCCUUACCACAAAUUGCCACUUGAAAAGACCAGCCAACCAUGCCAAAAAGAAGGGCAACUUAGACUCAGGAAGACAAAAAAUUCCCCAAAGGAAAUUGUCAGACAGGUAAAACCAGUUGUAUGGACAAUUUCCUCCGACUCGGAUAGUUCACCUACUCCAAAGAAAAAUGUCUGCAGUUGUAUCACCUUUUAAAGGAGCCAUUGAUCAUUCACCCUCAACUUCUCUAUUGCUUCCAUUAUCCCCAAUCAAGAAAGGAAAAGAGGGAACUCAACAAAAAGAUGUUCUACCUUCCCCCAUUAUCAUAAGUGAUAUGAGUGAAGAUGAUAAAAAUUCAACUGUGCCAUCACCUGUGCGAAGGCAACUCUUCAAAAGAAAAUAUAGCAGGUCAGAUUCAAGUGACAGUUUUUCUGAUAUUGACAGUGCAGUUUACAUUCCAGAGAAACAUUCAAAAUGUCAAGAAGAAUUUGUAGAAUGUUAUGAAAAUGAUCCACUUUUACCAAUUUAUAAGUCACCGAACCAUGGAAUUCCUACUAAAGAGGCUGUUGAAAUUCUGAUUCAAAAAUUAAGACCGAACCAACUAACUAGAACAAUUCCAACAGAUAUUAACAGAAAUGCUGUAUUUGUAUACAGCAUUAAUUCCAUUGGGCAUUGGAAAAAUGCCCUUUGUGAUGGAAUGGGUUGUUGGAUUCAGAAUGGGAAAACCACAAAUCAUGUGAGAAUUGGAAAUGGUGGAACUAUUGAAAUAUCAAAUCAACAUCAAAAUUCAGAGAAAUUGAGAGUCAUAAGAAGAAAGUAUACGAACAAAUCUUACUCAAAACUUCAUAGAAUUGUUAUUCAAUUACAAGAGUCAGACACUGAUUUAAUAUUGUAUCAAAUGCUUGUCCAGUAUUAUUUUGAUGGAAAGGAAGUUUCCGUAACAGUUGCAGCCCAUGGAAACAUCAAUGAACCACCAACCUCUAAAUAUCAAAGAACAUUUGAGAGCACCAAGAGUCGUAUCAAAGAGCUCUGUCAGUUCAACAAACCAAAGGAUAUUUUCCAUACUCUUAUAGAAGAUGAAGGGGGCCUGAACGAAAUAAAAUGUGGGUCACAAAUAGCUCGAGAUAGGCAGCAAAUACGUAAUUUUAAUAGAAAGAGUCUAUCUACACCAGAUCCUGUCAUUGAAUGUUUGGAUUUAGCGAAAAGACAGGAGAAAACCGAGGAUAGAUUUUUAAGAGAGGUGAGAGCUUCACCUGAAUUUACAAUGUUUAUGUCAACCGAUCGACAAUUGACAGAAAUAGAAAAAUUUUGUACCAAUGAGACCAAUUUGUCAAUUCUUGGAAUCGAUACAACUUUUAAUAUUGGUGAAUAUUAUGUGUCAAUUACCACCUACAGACACCUGAUGUUGACAAACUCUUUCGGGGUAGAACCAGUUAUGAUAGGACCAAUGCUAUUACACCAAAGAAAGACAUUUGAUAGCUACUUCAAGUUGUCUUCAUCUUUAUUACAAAACUCUCCAAAUCUGAAAAAUCUACAAGUUUUUGGAACAGACGGUGACGUAAAUUUGUCAAAUGCAUUUGAGGUUUGCUUUCCAUCUAGCAUACAUUUACUUUGCGAUAUCCACAUGGUUGACAACAUAAAAAGAAAAUUAAAUAAAUUAAACAUCAAAGGACAUUUAGCAAGACAGUACAUACAAGAUAUUUUUGGCCACAUACAGAAGGACACUAAAAUAAAAGGACUGGUUGAUUAUCUAAAUGAAACUGAAAUGAGUAAUGUACUCGAACAAUUAAAGGAAGAAUGGAUUUCACGUCACGAAAAUGGGAAAGACUUUUUACAAUAUUUUCUGGAACAUAAACUUGAACUUAUAAGAAAUUGUAUGAGCGCGGAAGUAAGAACAAGAUGUGGCCUCGGUUUUCCUCCAAAACCAUAUACACAAAAUGGGAAUGAAUGCAUCAACUCUGUCAUAAAAGCCGAUAUUUUUAGUAAGAAUAAAGGAAAAGAAAAGAAACUAGAUCCUUAUGACUUUGUCAAACUGGCAGAGAAGUGUGUUGGGCGACAAGAAAAUGAAAUCAAACUUGCUCUGAUAGGCAAAGGGGAAUAUAAAUUAAAAGCGAAAUACAGACACCUGCAAACAGAUGAGACUUUGUAUUGGAAGAAGUCAGCACAGCAAAGAGAAGCACUAUUUAAACGUUUCCAAAAUGAACCUCUUAAAGAAGAAGAUAAAGAGAGAGAUAACACCCCAAGCUGGUUUUCUCAAUCCGAGUCCAUGAGCUGCAUACCAGGCCUUCCCUCUCGGGUCUCUGAAGAUAUUAUACAGGAAGCUGAUAGGUUAAUUACAACAAAACACAGUAUUGUUCCUUUGCCUGGUGAUACAGAGGGGAAGAUCUACCUUGCUGCUAACAAAGAAAAAUCAUCGGAUCCUUUUAAGUUAAAAUUCUAUCCGAAUUCUGCAUCAGUGUCUUGUGAAAAGAGGUGUUCUCGAUGGAGUGCAUUCCAAGUCUGUGAACACACUAUUAGUGUAGCCCAAUAUCUAGGUGUAUUAAAAGAAUAUUUAACAAAACUUUCCAAAACAAGAGCACGAAAAGGAGUUAGUUGUAAUUUAUAUCAGUUAGCCAGUACAAAUAUGCCAGCAUGUCGUGGUAGAAAAGCAAAUGCUGCGACCCAAAAAAGGAAAGGAAAAAUUAGCAAAACUUCUAAGAACACUCUAUUCUAUGCAGAUUCCAAUGAAUCGGAUAUUGAUAAAACAAAUAGAAUUUCACAUUGUCAGCCAUUUCACUUGACCUUCCUUGCAGGAUUGAUAAGAGUGUGUUAUGGAUGUGGCCAAGAUUUUAAACAGGCAAACAGGCAACCUCCACAUGACCUUAUUUUAAAACGGUUUGACCACAGAAUCUAUACUAGCCCCCGGACAAAACUGAAAAGGAAAUCAUUUAAUUUGCAAAAUACAUAUUUCCAUCUGAAUGCAGAAUGUGCAAGAAAAAUAUGUCCUGAAUUUGAAAUGAAUGAUGUUAUAAUACAUGAUGAAAUAAAAUGUCAAUUAACUUCAGAUCAUUUGAAGCUACUAAAUGAAAAUGGUAUUUACCUUGGUAAUUAAAUAAUUACUGCAUGUGAUGAGAUGCAAUGAGAAAAAGAAUUAAGAGAUGAGCUCUUCAACUACUCAUAAAAAAACUGCUGUUAUUAUUAUAUUUUUAAUGUUUGUUUUUUGUUUGUUUGUUUUGUUUUUUUGUUUUUUGUAUAUUUUAUAUGUUUAUUUACAACUAUGUAUAAACUUAUUGUUAUUAUUAUAUUGCAUAGAGAUUAGAAUUACUAUGCGCAAAUAAAAAAGUAAUUUAAAAAAUGAUUUUCAUGUUCUAAUUUAUGAUCAUAGGAGGGUAUAAAGACAUGUUGAUGCUACAACAUGUACAACCCCUGUCAUUUUUAUCAAUAACUUGUUUUGGAGAAAACUGCAUUUUUUAAACGAAGGAAAAACAGAUGUGAAAAGGAAAAACUGUUUUUACGAGUGAAAUUAAUACCAAUGACCCUGUUUUAAGGACCAUCUAUGCAGGAAUUUGAUGCAGCCACUGUUUGUCCCACAUAUUCAGUUUAUCUGAGAAUCUGUCAAGAGUUAUUUAUACAAGAGCAGGCAGUGUUUCACGAUUAUAACAGACCCAUUCAUUCACAUCAGCAUGUUAUCAUGAAAGUACAAUAAUUUUAGGAAAUCCUUUUUUGAGGAAAAAGAGUAACUUGGAAUUGACCAGUUCACCUGUUUAAAAGAGAAUUAACUUAUAAAUAUAACAUCAGUCCUGUGAUUUAGGUAAUAGAUAUUGUGUGAUCUUCACCGGACUUGUUCAAACAAUCACCAUCUUAAUUAAAUGAAUAUUUGUAAUUAUCUCAACUCUAACGACAUAAGCGUUUACAAUGUCUUUCAUAAUUAUAGAUUUGCUUAUGGAUAGCUCUGGUUGAUGUUACAGGGUAAUUUAAUCAUUUGUGAAUGAUGCCAUUAUCCAAAUUGAUAAAAGAACUUCACACCACUAGUUUACUUCAAUAAUAUUUUUUUAACUACAGAAUUAUAGACCAUAACGUUCAAAGGUACAUACAACUGUCACCUCCAAUUGCAGCAUUCAUUUGAUGUAAUGUUAAAGCCACUGUUCAUAGUGACAAUGGUACAUAAGUAUUUCAGUUUAAGACAAAUACACAAAUAUAUUUAUGAUUAUUUUAAGCAUUUAUCUUUACUUUAUAAAACAUAUCUCAUUGCAGUAUUUAUUAAAUCUAGAAAUAGUUUUUUAAUGCACAUUUGAUAUGAUAUGAAAUAUAUAUAUAUAUAUAUAAAAGGUUUAUAAUAUUUAUACUUAAAAUAAUUUAAAUAAUUUGAAAUAAAAAAAAAAUCUUCAAAAAUCGUAUGGUUACAUAUUUUCUCAGGAACCAUUUUGCAAAUUUCUAAGUGCUGUUUUACAAAUAUUUAAGUGCCUUUUUGCACAUUCCGGAAGAGCCGUUUUCACCAUUUAGUAUAAAAUUCUAACACCCGGUAUUCUUAAUACAUUCGAGGUGUUUUUCGGAGCUUGUCGGAAAGGCCCGAGAAGUUGUGAUUGCAUGCUGAAUAUCAAAGUCCUAGCUGUUGUGUUGGUCGUAAGUUAGAGGUUAAACUGUUUUUAUUUGAUAAAGAUCAAAGAUAAAGUUCAAUGUUACGAGAUCAGUAAGAGGUUUUUUAGGACAAGAAAUACUUAUGCUAAAGAUCAAAGCCUUAUCUCUCAUGGUUCAAAAGACAUAAUGUAUAAUGAUAGUGUGAAAUAUUCUUGAAAACUAGAUCAAAUAUUAUGUCAUGAGGUCUGCAAUCCUGGUGUUUUUCAUAAUGUCUUGGCUAAAUAUUAAACUAAUACCUCUUACAGUUCAAUAGAUAUAAGGUUUCACCUAGUGGCAGAGGGACAGACAGACAAUGGAAGGGUGUUCCAUUAGUGCCCAUGCUUUAGAUGACACAAAAUUAGAUUCCAUUGAACACUACUUCUAUUAACAAACAAAA